AUGAUACUCUCUACUCGAUUUGGGAACAGUCUGUGCGGACGUCACGAGAAACGUUUAUUGAAUGAGCUGCUGUCGACGUAUAACACCCUGGAGCGGCCUGUUGCCAACGAGAGCGAACCUCUCGAAGUGCGAUUUGGCAUCACGUUGCAACAAAUCAUAGAUGUGGAUGAGAAGAAUCAAAUAUUGACGACGAACGCGUGGCUCAAGUUGGAAUGGAUGGACUACAACCUUCAAUGGAACGAAUCCGAGUACGGAGGCGUGAAGGACCUUCGAAUUACACCAAACAAGCUUUGGAAGCCAGACAUACUCAUGUACAACAGUGCGGAUGAGGGUUUCGACGGAACGUACCAAACAAACGUGGUGGUCACGCAUAACGGCAGUUGCCUGUACGUUCCUCCGGGCAUCUUCAAGAGCACUUGCAAGAUAGACAUCACUUGGUUCCCCUUUGACGACCAACACUGUGACAUGAAGUUCGGAUCCUGGACCUACGACGGCAACCAGGUCGAUUUGGUGCUCAGUUCGGAGACUGGUGGCGAUCUGUCCGAUUUCAUUACGAACGGGGAAUGGUACCUUAUCGGAAUGCCAGGAAAGAAGAACACGAUAACGUACCAGUGUUGUCCCGAGCCAUACGUAGACGUGACGUUCACCAUACAAAUUCGCAGGAGGACCCUGUAUUAUUUUUUCAACCUGAUCGUGCCGUGUGUGCUGAUAUCGAGCAUGGCUCUUCUGGGUUUCACUUUGCCGCCAGACUCUGGGGAGAAGCUCACCUUAGGAGUGACGAUUCUGCUGUCGCUGACAGUUUUCCUGAACCUCGUGGCAGAAAGCAUGCCGACGACCUCGGACGCAGUUCCCUUAAUAGGAGUGACCAUCUUGUUAUCGCUGACGGUGUUCCUGAACCUUGUCGCCGAGACUCUGCCUCAGGUCUCCGACGCUAUACCUCUGUUAGGGUCAUACUUCAAUUGCAUCAUGUUCAUGGUGGCGAGCAGCGUCGUUCUGACGGUGUUGGUGCUAAACUUUCAUCACAGGUCACCGGACAGAUACGUGAUGCCACAAUGGAUAAAAACGUUGUUUUUAAACUGGCUGCCGUGUUUGCUGUGCAUGAGUCGUCCAGGCAAAAAGAUCCAGAAGAAGAAUAUUCUCAUGAGCAACCGGAUGAAGGAUAUGGAGCUACAAGAAAGAAGUAGCAAGAGUUUGCUCGCGAAUGUUUUAGACAUCGACGAUGACUUUCGUCACAGAAAUAGUGCGGGAAAUCCUCCUUCCGGAUAUAUAAGGUCGGCGUAUGGUACACCGUUGUCCACUGGGAGGCCAGCGACGGUCGAAGAUACGUCGGCGUCGUUACCUCUUAGCGGGAUGCAGGAGGAAUUACACACAAUUCUUAAAGAAUUACGAUUCAUUACGGAUCGUAUGAAAAAAGCGGACGAGAGCGACGAUGUAAUUAGCGAUUGGAAAUAUGCCGCUAUGGUGGUGGACAGGCUUUGCUUGUACACGUUCACGUUGUUCACGGUUCUGGCCACGGUAGUCAUAUUGUAUCGUGCGCCACACAUAAUCGUCCAAUAAAUAGACUGCCCCGGUCAAGUCACCGAAAAAAUGCACAAAAAACGCCAAAGAAACGACGACACGUGGAUCUCGAGGAGGCUGCUACGGGAGAGCCUGACGAAGACAACAGACAUCUUCCUCGCUUUAUAAUAUCUCCCCUCUUCUCGCUCUCCCUUCUCUGUUCUCCCGUUUUCUUCUUCCUGGAGAAAUUGGACGCGGACAGAGUGCACGGUGCUUCCGGUUGAGCGUCGACGAAGAGGUGGAGUAGUACGAGAAGCUAGGACAAUGAAGAGCAGCAGGAAGCUGAAGAGGAAAGAGGAUGUUCCGUUUCGGUUCUUUGGACUCUAUCGAAUCAGUUCGAUCAGCAAAAAAAGGAAAAGAUAAAAGUCGAAUCAAAGUAUUCCCGGGACAAAAGGGUCGACGAUGAAGGGACUAGGGAUGAAAUAACGAGGAAGGACUAGGGAUGAUGUAUACACACAUGUGUCACGGGAGGAGGACAGAGACGCCUCGACAUACUGUUGACAAUACACGGCCACGUUGUGCGUUCACUUUCUUCGGUUACCCUCUCUGUUAACCUAAUUAAUCGACCGCUGUCACCUUUCUCUCCGUGAUAGAUAAAUCGAUGUUCGUCGUUUAAUCAUCGUUGACGCGCGCGCGCAUUUACAUUUCUUUCUUUCGUUUUUCCUUUAUCUUCGGGAAUUCGAGAAACGGU